AGCUGAAAAGCUCCCUUCCUGCUUGGGAGGGUCUCCUGAAUUUAAUUGGAAUUGUUUGCAUUUCCAAAUAGUAGUUUAAGUUCUGUCUUGCAGAUAGAGAAGGCCGGCUGGGAGGAUCAAAUCGUUUUGAUGGGCAAGGUACCAACUUCUCUGGCACCUUCUCAGAUGUUUAUAUUAAGGAGGAGGUGAAGCGCUGCUUAGUUUGGGAAGUGAUUUAUUUGUGGGGGCUAAGCUUCACUAUCCAGAUUCGGGAUUGGUUGCAACCCUGUGAUGAGAAGGGUUAAAAGUUAUGGGGGCAACUAACCGAAUGCCUCAUGGGAGGAGGCAAUGUUCCUCACCGGCUCUGUUCUGGGGAAACCCGGCAGUUUAGGAGUUGUCUAUGCUACCGCUCCUUUUGUGACUUAGAAAGAAAAUGGGAUAGGCAAAGGGAGCAGAAGGAAACUAUUGCCACUGCCUUCCUGCUUUCCCUCACUCUCUCUUCCUUCUCCUCCUCCUGGAAACAUCGUUCUACAUAUCACUUGCUUUCGACCAUUUAGCUAGCAAGAGUCUGGGGAUCUUCAAAAGAAUUGGACUUGUACUGUCAAGCAUGAACCUCUUGCUGUUGUUUGACUCAAUUUGCAUUUUUGUGAUUUCCACAGCAUUUGUGUCAUGGAGUAUACAAGAACUACAUGUCAGUCAGGAAAUGGUGGAGAAGAUUUCAGCAGCUGGCCAGUUGCAUACAAGCCUUCCAUAUUUAUAACGAUGGCACAGAAUUGUUGCAACAAACAUGCAACAGUUACAUCUUUGAUAUAUUACUGUGUGUGUGUAGUUGAAAGAAUACAUCAAAAAGGGGAAGGGACAGAGGUCAGAGUGGGAGCCUUACAGUUCAGCAAUACUCCUCAUUCAGAAUUUCCCCUGGAUGCGUAUUUCACCAAGCAGGAGAUAAAAGACAGACUUAAGAAGAUUAUGUUCAAAGGUGGGAGAACAGAAACUAGCCUGGCUCUGAAGUUUAUACUUCACAAGGGAUUCCGUGGGGGCAGGGAUUUGUCAGUGCCCCAAAUCCUUCUCAUCCUGACUGAUGGGAAGUCUCAGGGCAGUGUGGCAAUACCAGCCAAGCAGCUGAAAGAAAAGGGGAUUGUUGUCUUUGCAGUGGGAAUCAGCUUCCCAAGAUGGGAAGAACUGCACACACUCGCCAGUGAGCCAACAGACUUGCAUGUGCUCUUUGCCGAAGAUACUGAAGAUAGUGCCAAUGGUCUCUAUACCACCCUUACUAGUUCUGCAAUUUGCAGUGCCUCAUCUCCAGGCUGCAGGAUUGAAUCUCAUUCUUGUGAACGCAAAACACUUGACAGAGAAAAGGUGCUGAUUGGAAACUAUUUCUGUUGGAAGGGAUCAAAGAAUGGCAAUACAGUGCAUGCAUCACUCUGCCCUUUUUACAAGUGGAGGAACAUUUUUAUUACACAUCCGUCUAGAUGUUAUCGUACCAUGUGCCCAGAUCCUUGUGGUUCCCAUCCUUGCCAGAAUGGAGGCACAUGCAUUCCACAAGGGUUAGAAGACUACCAGUGUGUUUGCCCAACCGGAUUUGGUGGAGAUGUCAAUUGUGCCCCCAAGCUGAGUCUAGAAUGCAACGUGGAUCUUCUUUUUCUGGUGGACAGUUCAUCCAGCAUCACUCUUGAAGGAUUCUUGCGCUAUAAAGCUUUCCUGAAAAGGUUUCUCCAAGCAGUGUGGAAUAAAGAGACUCCAGGAAAUGUAGUUGUGGCCCAGUACAGCAGUGAUGUCAUGGUGGCUGUUGGAGUUGGAGACAACACAGACAUUCUCAAUCUUGUGAAGGGCAUUGAUUCCAUGCAGUUCAGAGGAGGGAGCACUUUGACUGGCAAAGCUUUAUGGUAUAUUGCGCAACAUGGCUUUAAGAAUGCACCAGUCUUUGCUGAUGUUCCUGAUGACCUCCACCGUGUGGUCGUCUUGCUCACGGAUUCAAAUGCACAGGAUUCAGUGGUGGAGGCAGCUGAGUAUGCCAGAGGGCAGGUGACUUCUCUCAUUGCAAUUGGCAGUGAAUUUCUGAGAGCAGAGCUAGAUGAAGUAACAGGGAAUCCAAAACAGACUAUUGUCUAUACAACUCCACAAGAUCUGUUCAACAAGAUUCCUGAUCUCCAGAAAAAAAUCUGCAGCACAGAUAGUCAAGGUUGCUCAUCUCGGUCUCUGGAUUUGGUAUUUACUUUAGAUUCCUCAGCAUUUGUUGGAAGAGAGAACUUUGUACUGCUAAAAAACUUUGUGAGUAACCUCUCACUCCAGUUUGAUAUCAAUCGGGAUCUGACACAGGUAGGCCUUGUUGUCUAUGGAAAAAAAACCCACACCGUAUUCGGCCUGGAUACCCACACGACUAAUACAGCUCUUUUUGAAGCCAUCAACCAAGCUACUUUUGUGGGUGGCUCUGCCUCUGUUGGAACCUCUUUGCUACUUAUUUAUGAAGAUGUCAUGACCAUCCAAAAAGGAGCAAGGCCUGGAGUAAAAAAGAUUGUGGUAUUGAUCUCCAGUGGGACUGGCAUAGAGGAUGCCAUAGUCCCAGCCCAGCAGCUGCGUAACAAUGAUAUAUCGCUACUUGUCAUUGGGAUAGGAUAUGUCCAAAGGAGCUCACUUCUGAGGAUUGCAGGUUCUCGCAAUAAUCUGCUACAGAUUGCAUCUUAUGAAAAUCUAAUGAAGAAUAAGGACAUUAUCACUGAAAGGCUAUGUGAUGAGGCUAAAAGGCCAGUGAGCCUCUGCAAGCCCAACCCCUGCAUGAAUGAUGGAGAAUGCAUUCCUGGAAAUGGCAGCUACCAAUGUCAGUGCCGAGGCUGGGAAGGACCUCACUGUGAAAAGAGAAUUCAGAGGGGUGACACUUAUCCAACAUGGCUGCAUUCAGGAAGUCUCCAUGCUCAGCAAAGACAUUAUGGUGGGCAGCCAUUAUAUAGAACUCACCAACAUUCAAAAAGGCACAUACAGCGGACUCACUGGGGAGGACAGAGAAGGACUCCAACCUUCAGCUACUGAAUACAUUUGUAUGAAGGCACUAAAAUCUAGGAAAUCCUUACACAAUAAUGUUGAUUCAAAGCACAAGAAGUUUGCACGGAAUCACUUCUGGUAUACCAGAUGAGAUUUGCAAUAGCUAGCUAAAAUUAUAUGGCAAAUAUUUAUUAUUGAUCUACUGGCUGUCAGAAUAAGAUCAGUGUCUGUCUUACACAUUGAGCUUUAUAGCCCUGAACAUUUUGUUUUUCAUAUUUGACUGAAAAUUUUAGAGGACUUUAAGUUGGAUCAAACCACCAAAAGUGAUGCAUAAUAAUACGGAAUUGAUACAGCAUGUUCUGUGUUUAAAGUGAUUCAGACAGUGUGAGACCAUGGUUUAUUUUAGUUUGCAUGCAAGCUGAAUUCUAGUUUUAUAGCCAUUUAAAUGCCAGUUUUCUUCCACAAAUGCUAGUUUUAUAACCUGCACUUUUCCCACCUAUGCAGAGAUCUGGCUGCUAUCCUGGCCUACAUUGUGGUGAGAAUAGUGCUGGGCAACAUGCUAGAUCAUCCAUAUUUGUAGAUCUCACAAAACAAUAGUUAGGACUAACUGGGGUUACCAAAUCAACUUCUCAAACCACAGUUUUACAUCCUGGUUAGACAGUCAAUCCAUUGGGAAAAUGGGGUUGGUGUUAGAGACUGUUCACUAGCUGCAUUUUUUCUUGUCAGAUCAGACACAAAGAGUUUCUCCCAGACAAGUGAAAUCAGCUGGUUGGGAUAUGUCUUGGAGAAUGCCUCAAGAUUUCAUUGCUCUUCAAUAUUUACAUGAGAUUGCUGAAUGGCAAUGCAUGGAGCUUGAAGCAUAUGCAGAUGACACCUAGCUCUGUGUCUCAUUAUCAAAGCUUCCAAAUGCCUCUGUCUCAACUCUGAACCAGACCUUCAAGUUCUGGUAAAGUGCCUAAGACAGCACAAGUUGCCCCUGAAUCUAGACAAGAUAGAGCUGAUUCUGGCUGGGAAGGCUGAUGGUUUAGAGGGACUGAAUCCGCUUCCACUGGAUGGAGUGGAAUUGGCACUUGCAAAGCAGGUUAAGAGCUUGCGGGUGCUCAUGGACCUAUCUUGCUGUUUGAAAAGCAAGUCAAUGUAGUGGGCAAGAGUGACGUGCAUUUGACUAACCAUGUGUUACCUUUCAGCUGAUCUGGCCCCAUUAAUCCAUGGUAAUCUUGCUAUUGUUUUACUGUAAUGUGGUCUACAUUGGGUUGACCAUAAAAACAACCCAGAAACUGCAGCUGGUUUAGAAUGCAGCAGCCAAUUGUUGUCUGGGGCUAGCAAAUAAAGACAUACAUUGCCCAUCUUAAAAAAAACCUACUGGUCCCAUUCAAAGGGGGGGACUGAAUCCACCUGUGGAAGUGGUAUGUGGCCACCGUAGCAGAUUUGCCCUCACUGGGGCACCUGCUCUGACGGAGAGGCAAUUCAGCCUGCAUGUAGCUGCUGCUACCCUUCCAGGCACUGGAACACAGUGCCAGAUACAGCACCCCUGGCAGCAUAGUGGGGGCAAGCCAGGGAUGUAUCCAGGGGAGGAGUUGACAAGUCAGUUUCCUGCCAACCAUUUGCUGCCUUAAAAACCCUUCAUGGCUAGUUCAUGGCAGAGGCCAAAUUUGAACCAGCAGCCCAAUGAUCAUCCUCUGUAGUGCAAAAUGUAUUCACUUAGCCGCUGUGCAAUGCCAAUUAUUAAUUAAGGUUGCACUUACCCAUUAUGUGUGCUAACAUUUUUAACUUUGCCAUGGACUCUGUGCAGUUGCUUCUGUUGGAUUUGUGUCUGUGCGGAGCUGGUUCAAUCCCUUCACUCCCCAAGGUGCUGGUGCUGAUGUGCACUUUCUCCUAUUCAGGAGGGGAAGGGCCCUGGACUGAAGAUUUAGAAUAUUCUGAAACUAGAUCUGUAUAAGCAUAUAUCCUAUAUGAGUGACUUCAUAUCACUUGUAACUGAUAUUUACCAGGUUAACAGGUGAUUUUUUGCAGUUAUUCCAUGACCUUGUUUCCACCUUAUACAAGCACCUACCCUUAUAUUUCAAUGGAAGAGGCAACACCAGAUAUGCACAUGUUUUGCUUCCUGCUUCUGCUCUGGCAUCACCUCUAGAUAUAACUCAAGGGACCAAAUGUCUGCAUUUCAUCCUCAUUUUAAACUUCUGGCUUUCACAGAAUCCCUGAACCGGCAGAGCAAUAACUUUGUGUCUUGGUCACCAAAAUGCCUAAAAUUUGGGGCUGGACUCUGACCUAUGAUAUACCUUGUGUUCCAAAAACAGCAGAGAGGAUGAUUGAUUACCACAGUAGUCAGAUUUGAAUGGAUGAACUGCAGACCACCUCUCAGCAAACUAGCGUGGCUUUUUGGAUCUUAUUUUCAUUCUUUCUUGAGAUCGUUCAGACAGUGCAAACAAACCACAAUUUGUUCUUGACUGAACAAGCUGGAAAUCCUCUGACUUAGGCACCUCCUGCUCUCUCGUUCCUUUACAUCCUUCUCACAGAUUAAAAACUUUCUGGUCUAGGAAAGUCUUCUAGCCAAUCUCCAGUUCACUGUGCCAUCUAAAUUUUGGUGUUCUAACUUUAGUUUGCCCCUUAUGCUACUGCUUCUCAUAAUAUUCUGAGACAAGAUAUUGUAUAAGCUUAUGGUUCAUUGUGUGAGGAAUCAGGAGGCAAAACAGACACAAUCCCUUCAUUUCAGACAUUGCUUCAACUUAUGGUUCUGCAAGCAACUUGUUGACUUCUGUUGUGUAUUUUUGAUAACAUCAUAAUAAUGAUCUCAUUCCAUGUUCAUUUUUCUCUCUUGUAUCCGUUUCUAGUUCUGCACAUGUUGAGUUUCUUUUUAAUUACAUCCUCUGUGUGUGAGAAAGCAGGUGUUAUUUAAAAUGGGUAAGUGGUGCAACAUUUAAUAAACUAACUGUAUCAA